AUGCAGGACAUUUGGUGUCAUAAUCAUUCCCUAAUGACGAUACGAGAUGCUGCCCGUGCUGCCUGCGUAUCUCGUGCCUUUGGAAGUUCUUGGAAAAGCUAUCCCAACCUCAUAUUUAAUACUCGAACAAUAGUGUUGCGGGAUGGCAUGGAUUUCACCUGCCGAGUUGAUCACAUUUUGGAAAAACACUCUGGCAUUGGCGUGAAGGCAUUCGAGCUUAAUUUCCCCUUUUUCUACAAGUCUGAUGGCUAUAAAUAUCUCCAUAGGUGGCUUGAGAUAGUGGUUAAACCUGGCAUUGAAAAACUCACCCUUGCGAUUCCUGAGAGAGAGGAAGUCAACUUCCCAUGCCAAGUUCUAUCUGAUGGGAAUGGAAGCUCGAUGUGGUAUCUUCACCUUGCUUACUGUGCCUUCCAUCCUACAGUCAGUCUUGGUUGCUUGAGAAGCUUGACAGUGCUGUUUCUCGACUGUGUGCGAAUUACAGGGAACGAGUUAGGGUACAUUUUUUCCAGCUGUGUUGCUUUGGAGCAUUUGGAACUCAGGGAAUGCUCCGAGAUAACUUACUUGAAGAUACCUUCCCAGCUGCAGCGGCUCAGUUCCGUGCAUGUGUUAGAAUGCCACAAACUGCGAACGAUAAAGAUCGAAGCUCCAAAUAUUUGUAGGUUUCACUUUACAACAUUUCACAAUGUAGAGUUCUCACUUGGAGAAUCAUUGCAACUGAAGAACCUAGAGAUGCUCUGUUGCCGCCUCCUCUAUUAUGCACUUGAAGAGCUACCAUCCAUUGCGCCGAAUCUUGAAACUUUUAGCAUAUUUUCAUACCAUGAGGUGGUAAAUACAACAAUGGCAUUGGCGCCUAGCAAGUUCCUCCACCUGAAGUACCUGAGUAUUAGUAUUCAUGGAGACUACGAUUAUUUUUCUCUGAUUUCUUUUCUUGAUGCCGCUCCUUCCUUGGAGAUGUUCACACUGAAUGUACUGAUACGGCAAGAAUGCAUUGAUGAAUUGCUUUAUAAAGAUCCGCCACGUCUAAGGAAGUUGCCAGGAUACAUGCUUGACAAGCUCAAGACAGUGAAGAUAUCUCGGUUCUGCUCUUCAAAGAGCUUGGUUGAGCUGGCGUGCCAUAUUCUUGAAAACCCAGCAUCAGAGCGUCUUGCACUGGACACCACCGGUGGUGGUCUCCGGUGUUCUGACCGCGGUCCCGUAAAUGCUCCUUCUUGCAUAGAGCCACGGAUGCCCAUACAGCGGUCUUGGUAA